GAGACCAUAGUCACCAGACCGCUCUGUUUUGGCUGGCUCGGCCCUUUUUUUGUCUCGUCUCUCCCUCGCGUCCAGGGUUUAGGGUUGUAGCAAAGCGAGAGUCGGCAUGGAGACCAAAGCAGCAACACCGAAACUAGAAGAAGAAGAAGAAGAAGAAGAAGAAGAAGAAGAGAUCGAAGGAUGGGACGCAUGGCAGUCAGACGAGGAUAACUCGAUUGCCGAAUUCCUAUGCUUGUUCUGCAGCUUGAGAUUUGAUUCCACCGAGACUCUGUUUAAUCACUGCAGUUCCGAUCACGCCUUCGAUUUUCACGGCAUCGUCAGAGAUUUAGGGUUGAAGUUCUAUGGUUCCUUCAAGCUCAUCAACUAUGUGAGAUCUCAGGUUGUGAAGAACAAAUGUUGGAGUUGUGGUCUCACCUUUGAGUGCAGUAAAGAUCUUCAGAACCAUUUGCAUGCAGCAGUUAGUUAUGAGAAGGGUGGGAAAUUUCUUUGGGAAGAUGAUGUAUAUCUAAAACCAUUUAUGGCAGAUGAUCCACUUCUGCAUAGUUUUGCUGCUGAUGAGGAUGAUGAAGAUUAUAAUGUAUUGAUAGAUAAAGAGGAGCUUAUGAGGGAGCUGGUUAGCAAUGAAGAUUUUGGUGAACUUUGCAAUGAUAGUCAGGAAAUCUUAAAGGAUAGCAGCUCUGAGCUUAAUAUUGUUCAGAACAUCGGAAAUAAGCAGGACCAUGCAGAGAAUAUGGCCUGUCAUUUUGAUAAAAUGAAGACCAAUGGCAUUCUUAUGGAAGAGAACUUCAGGCCAUUUCACCAAAGGAGGAAAGAUAAGCAGCUAAGAUUUUCUGUUGCUAAUGUUACUGCAAGGGAAAUUAAGGAUGUAAAUGAAAACUAUUUUGGAGCUUAUGGUUCCUUCGGCAUUCAUAGAGAGAUGCUUAGUGACAAGGUGAGAAUGGAUGCUUAUAGAGGAGCACUUUUAAAGAAUCCUUGUCUCAUGAAUCAAGCAACUGUUUUGGAUGUAGGUUGUGGCACAGGAAUAUUGAGCCUUUUUGCAGCUCAAGCUGGGGCUUCAAGAGUAAUUGCUGUUGAAGCAAGUGCAAAGAUGGCUUCUGUGGCUACCCAGAUUGUGAAAGAUAAUGGUCUUCUGUCAGAGGGGACAGAGAAAGGUGAUGAAAAACAGUGUUUGGGAAAAAUAAAAGUAGUGCGAUGCAUGGUUGAAGAGCUUGACCAACAUAUACAAGUUCCACCUCAUAGCAUUGAUGUGUUAGUGAGCGAGUGGAUGGGCUAUUGCCUAUUAUAUGAAUCGAUGCUCAGUUCAGUUCUUUAUGCCCGUGAUCAUUGGUUGAAACCUGGUGGGGCAAUUCUUCCAGAUACUGCAACCAUUUUCGUGGCUGGAUUUGGAAGAGGUGGAACCAGCAUUCCAUUUUGGGAAAAUGUGUAUGGUUUCAAUAUGUCUUGCGUUGGCAAGGAAGUUGUAGAGGAUGCUUCUCGUGUUCCGAUUGUUGAUAUAGUCGAUGAUCAAGAUAUCAUCACAGCGUCAGCUGUACUCCAGUCAUUUGACUUGGCGACCAUGAAGCCAGAUGACAUGGAUUUCACUGCAAGCUUCGAGUUGAAGCUGAGAUCUGACUUUCAAGGUGAUUCAACGGCUUCAACUUUGGGGAUAUGGUGUUAUGGAAUUGUUCUGUGGUUCGAGACAGGUUUCACCAGCAGAUUCUGUAAAGAGAUGCCCACAGUCCUCUCCACAUCACCUUAUUCUCCAGGAACUCACUGGUCUCAAACCAUCUUGACGUUCCGUGAACCAAUUGUGAUGCAAUCAGAUAAAUCUAUCCCUAACUUAGCUGCAUCUGUUGGCACUGAGGGGCGUCCUGCAGUGAGGAUUAGGUCCCGCAUUAGCAUUGUCCGCUCUUCAGCACACCGCAGCAUAGACAUUUCCAUGGAGACAACAGGGAUUAGCUCGGAUGGCCAAAAAUGCAGCUGGCCAGUCCAAAUCUUUAAUUUGUGAGAGGAUCCUAUAGAUCCAUGUGAAUGUUCCAGCUUGACAGUUUUUUGUAUCUGAAGCUGGUGUAUUUUGGCCUCAUUACAUAUUUGUUGCUGUCAUGUUAUGAACCUAUCAUUUUGGAAUUCCUAAAUUGGAUUCCUUGGGUUUUUAAGUUUAUCAGGGUCUACGAUAAAUGAACCUGAAAGGACAGGUGCGUUGGGUGAUUUUAAAUAUACAAACAGGAAAUUCUGAGGAGGAAUGUAAUGCAAUUUUUCCUUUCUUGUUGCUUC